UGGCCCAGAAGAUCGUGGCGACCAGGAAGAAGCAGCAGCUGUCCAUUGGUCCGUGCAAGUCCCUCCCCAACUCCCCUAGCCACUCCUCUGUGUGUUCUGCACAGGUGGCAGCAGCAGUACACAUCAGCCAGCAGACCAGUAAUGGCGGCAGCCUGAGUGACUACUCCUCGUCAGUCCCCUCCACCCCCAGCACCAGUCAGAAGGAGCUACGCAUCGACGUCCCCCAGACCACCAACACCCCCACGCCCGUCCGCAAGCAGUCCAAACGCCGCUCCAACCUCUUCACUUCUCGGAAGGCCAGCGAGCCAGACAGGGACAAGAAAGGACUGGAGGGCCGAGCAGACAGCAUUGGAAGCGGCCGUGCUAUUCCAAUUAAGCAGGGCAUGCUUCUGAAGAGGAGUGGCAAGACCCUAAACAAGGAGUGGAAAAAGAAGUACGUGACGUUGUGUGACAAUGGCCUGCUCACAUAUCACCCCAGCCUGCACGACUACAUGCAGAACGUCCAUGGGAAGGAGAUAGAUCUGUUGAGGACCACAGUGAAGGUCCCAGGGAAGAGGCCUCCCCGAGCGGUUUCUACCUGUGUCGCUGUCCCCAGCCCGAAGACAAACGGCCUGGCCAAGGACAUGAGCAGUCUGCAGCUGGGACCUGGUGGCCCUGGCUCUGUCACCAGUAGUUUGUCAGCCUCUCAGAUGGCCAGUGGGAUCAGCUUGGUGUCCUUUAACAGUCGUGGGGACGGCAUGCACCAGAGAUCCUACUCAGUCUCCUCCGCCGACCAAUGGAGCGAGGCCACCGUCAUCGCCAACUCAGGAGUCAGCACAGACACGGGUCUGGGAGAGUCUGUGUGCUCCAGCCCCUCCAUCUCCAACACCACCAGUCCUAAGAUGGACCCGCCCCCCUCGCCGCACGCCAACCGCAAGAAGCACCGCCGGAAGAAGAGCACCAGCAACUUCAAAGCCGACGGCCUCUCUGGUACUGGGGAAGAACAAGAGGAGAACUUUGAGUUGACCAUUGUAUCAUUGACGGGCCAGACGUGGCACUUUGAGGCCACCUCGUACGAGGAGAGAGACGCCUGGGUCCAGGCUAUCGAGAGCCAAAUCCUAGCCAGCCUGCAGUCCUGUGAGAGCAGCAAGGCCAAGUCACGUCUGACCAGCCAGUCUGAGGCCAUGGCCUUACAGAAUGUGAGGAGCCUAAGAGGGAACUCUCGCUGUGUGGACUGUGAGGCCCAGAACCCCGACUGGGCCAGUCUCAACCUGGGAGCGUUGAUCUGUAUCGAGUGUUCAGGGAUCCACAGGAACCUGGGGACCCACCUAUCUCGUGUUCGGUCCCUGGACCUGGAUGAGUGGCCCCUGGAGCUCCUCAAGGUCAUGACCUCUAUAGGCAACGAGCUGGCCAAUGACGUGUGGGAGGGCAACGCACAGGGACACCUCAAACCAGCACCCGAUGCCACCAGGUAGGGGGAGUACUCCAGUCUCUUUGUCUCUGUCUGUUUCCUCUCCUUUCUGCUCUCUGCU